AUGGGUGGAACGAAUAAUGAUAAAAGAUCGGUUAGUGAUAGCUCAUUUUUCAAGAUAUUUAAGAAGUUAGGUUCUUCCAGUAAAAAAAAUGGUAGUACUAGAUCAACAAAUAGGAAUUUUAAAAAUAAAAAUGUUACUAGCUCGAAUAGAAGCUCUGGUAAAAAGCAAUCUACUAGUUUAAGACAUUUGAAGAAUGAUUUCUUAUCAAAAAAGAGAACUGCUGAUUCUCAAACAAAUGCAUUAGAACUUCCCGAUAUUGUUUCUAUCAAAAGUGGUAGAAGUAGUAACAAAAGCAUGGAUUUAGGCUGGCAUCCAAGGAGGUCGAUUCACAACUCAACUAGAGGUUUCAAUAAAUUGAACUCUAAUAAUGUACCUGGCAUUUCGGAUAUUUAUGUCUCAUUAGAGAAUCCAUCAAAUGGAACUAAUAAUGGGACCAAUAAUGUUCCCGAUGAUAGCACAAACAACACAUAUAAUGGAAAUGCUAAUAAUAAUGGUAAAGCAAAUGGGAAAAAUAUGCAUGUUGCGGGUUCGAUAAAUUUUAAGCAUUUAAAUAAGCAUAAUAUAUCAGCAAAUGAUGAUCACCAAGGCACUGGAACAAACUUAUCCUCAAGGAUAACGAAUCAAAGUUUGACACAUUUAAACACUUCAAAUAAUGUGACAAAUACUUCACUUGCAACAAACAAUAAAGAGCAUGAUUCUGAACAUACAAUAUUCGGCACAUUGAUGGCAUUGGCAAACAAUGUCUCAUCCUCGAGAUUAUUACCUCAUGAAUCGGAUUCAAUAAGUAAAUUGCCAACGGAUACAGUAUUAAGUAAUAAUGAGAAUAUAAUUAUAAAUGGAACUGAAAUAUCGACAAAUACAACAUCAGAUAGUGAACUAGCAGAACCUCCAAAAAUAAGCGUCGUUACUGAGAACGGAAAACCAACUAACGAUAAUACAUUGGAACUUGAUCAUAAAACAGGAACAAAUAGUGAGGAACAUUCAAUUAAAAAUGGUAAAGAUCGCAUGACAACUGGUACAGCUAUAAGACAGGCUUUAUCCUCAGUUGAUAGAAGUAACUCAUUUUUACGUCAUUUAGACUUUUUAUUGGCCUCACCAGAGGCUUCUUCGCCAGAUGCACAUAGCACUGAUAAACUAAACUCUGCUACAAAUACAGAUACAAAUACAAAUUCGCAUGGUUUAUUUGAGAAGUUGGUUCAUGGAAAUGGUUCUCAAAAAUUAAAUGGUUCAUCAAGUGAUAUAACGAAACCAGAUAUGACCCAGGUUUCUACUCAGAGUAGAUUAUCUCACGAUAGAAUCGCAAAAGUUAAAUUCCAAUCUCUCAGUGAAGCAGAGCCGGCAUUAAACACAUUUGGUAAAGGUAAUUUAACAUUGGAUGCAUUGGCUAGAUCCUCAAAUUCUGAUAGCUCUGUCACGGAGAGUGAGAGACAUUACACUAAUCAUUCCGGUGAGAAUAUCGUAAUGUCAUAUGAAGGAAGUAAUAAAACUAAUGAAGUUCCAAAAAUCGAAGUAACGAAUACAAACAGCUCGAGCAGCAAAAACCAACCAUACGGUGUUAAAAAUAGUGUAAUGGACUCAAGUGUGAAUAAUUCUAAAACAAAUCUCUCUAAAAAUCUAAAGAGAAAUUCCGGCUCAUUUAGUAAUUUGUUGUCACUACGUACAAGAAGUAAAACAUUACCAGGUAACAAUGAAGAUACAGAUGAGAAGGAUCCAAAGAAGGUACCGAGACUAACUUGGAGUUAUGAAGAAUCCCAAAAUACUAAUAAUAAUAACAAUAAUAACAAUAAUAAUAAUAAUAAUAGCAUUCAAGAUGACAGUAUUGCAACUGAUUCCGAUGAACGACAACCAAGAAGACUAUCAAGGAAGUUUUUGGAUAGAAGAUCAUUCUCGCCUAGUAUUGGCAUGAAAGUUCUUCCACCAAUGAAAAAUUUAGCAUCAACAUUAAAUAGAAGAGGUGGUUCUAUUAGUGAUCCAUCCCUCUCCCAAGCUAACAAUGGAAAUGGCGAUAGCACUCGUGCUAGAGCUAGUACUGCAGCAUCGGCUGUUAUGAGUCCGACAUUAAACGUCGAAAUAGAUGAUAAAAUAGAGUUGCAAGGCAUCGAUUAUGCAUCUGAGAAAAAGAAUGCUGAGUUCCAUAAGUUCUUCAAAGACAUUACAGAAAUUAAACAAAAUGAACGUUUAAUUUUAGAGUUAAGCUGUGCUCUCUCUCGUGACAUUCUGAUUCAAGGUAAAAUGUAUGUGACGGACCAAAAUAUAUGUUUCAAUUCCAAUAUAUUAGGUUGGAUUAGCUCUGUCAUUAUUCCUUUUAAGGAAAUUGUUCAAAUAAAGAAGAAAUCCACCGCAGGUAUCUUUCCAAAUGGUAUUGUCAUUGACACCCUGCAUACUAAAUAUGUAUUUGCAUCCUUUAUUUCCAGAGAUUCAACAUUCGAUAUUAUAACGGAUAUUUGGAAUCAAAUCAUUCUUGGUAGACGUCAUUUUAACUUAAGGGGCGGAGAUGAUCUAAACAGUAAAAUGUCUAUCGACAUAGGUUCUGAUUCGGAUAUUUCAGAUUUUGAAGAUGAAACACAUCGUAGAUCAAGUGACGACGCCAACUACUUACAAACGGAAGAAAAUGCUGCAUACGAUGACGAUAGUCUCGGAUCUUUGAUCGACAGUACGGAAAUGACUUCUACAGAUGAAGCCGAUGAUGAAAAACCUAAAACCACUAAAGGGACUUCUGAUCUCAAUGAAGGUCCAAAAAAACAUGGUCCAACUACAGUUGACUACAAAAUGAGUGAUAAUCAAAAGCUAAUUAAUGAAACUGUAUUUGAUGCACCUUUAGGAAAAGUCGUAAAUAUGUUAUAUGGUUCAGAUACUUCAUAUUUGUCAAAUAUACUAAAGGCACAGAAAAAUUAUAAUAUAUCGAGUUUAUCUGGUCUACUGGGUAAAAAAACUCGUGAAUUCAACUACACCAAACCAAUCUCAGGACCAAUUGGACCAAAUAAGACAGUUUGUAAUAUUACAGAAACCUUAGACAAUUAUAAUUUACAAGAUAAUGUCCAAGUAACACAAAUCUCAAAAACUCCUGAUGUUCCAUCUGGUAGCUCUUUCUUUGUUAAGGCUGUUCAUGUUUUUACCUGGGCUCCGAAUAAUGCAACCAAAAUGCAAGUAUACCUAUCUGUUGAAUGGACAGGUAAAAGCUGGGUCAAAGGUGCAGUUGAAAAAGGUACUUUUGAUGGUGUGACGGCUACAACCAAUACCAUGGCAACUGAGUUAACAAAGUUUGUACAAGAUAUAAAAUCAUCACUUACUGAAAGCAAAGAUGUGGCUGAAGAAGAGGAGGAAGUUUUAAAACUUCCGACCUUGGAACCUGCAACUCAUGCGCCAACUGACAAUGGUUACAAGAAAGAAAAAGAUGAUAAAAUAAUUGAUGAAAAUGUUAAUUUUAAUGCUCCUUUAGGAACUGUAUUUCAAGUAUUAUUUGGCAAUGAUACGUCUUAUAUGACAAGAAUCAUUAAAACAAAAAAUAUCGAACUAUCUGCGGUGCCAAAAUUUGUAAAUAAUGCGAGAGAAUACAAUUAUGUCAAGCCGUUAAACAACUCUUUAGGCCCUAAACAAACAAAGUGUCUACUAACUGAAAAGAUUGAACACAUGGAUACAAAUGGUUACAUUAUGGUAAGGCAAAUUACCAAAACACCAGAUGUCCCUUCAGGUAAUAGUUUCUCUAUUCACACGAGAAUCUUUUUGUCAUGGGGUCCUAAUAACACUACUGAUAUGACUGUAGUAACCAAUAUUAUCUGGGAGGGUAGGUCGUUUAUCAAGGGCGCCAUUGAGAAAGGGUCCAUAGAAGGACAAAAAUCUUCAAAUCAAAUCUUAAUUGAAGAGUUAAAAGAUAUAAUUGCAAGCAGUGUAUCAUCUGGUAAGAAGAGAAAGAGAUCGAAAUCGAAGCGUAGAAGAUCAACGAAAGAAACAUCCAUACCACAAGAUGUUAUUCCAACAACUGCUGCUACGAAAAACCAAGGUAUCUUUUCAUCUAUAUUUUCAAUAUUUGAAAAUUUUGAUAUAACCUCUAUAAAUGGUAUCAUAACUCUUGUCGUCACAUUUAUUGUCUGUGUCUUAUUCUUGCAAAAAUUGUUCGGAAGAAGCCAAUCGAAGAUUCAAGUUUUAAGACCAGGUAAGAUGUUGAUUGAUGGACAAGAGUAUAACUUUGUGCCUAAUGUCAAAACACUAUAUGACGUUUACGAAAAUGACAUUAAAAGUUCCAGUAAACGUAAGAACUCCGGUUCUGUAGAUCUUUUACAAGAAACAGAAGGGGAUAUCUGGAACUGGAUUAACGAAAGAGGUGAUAAUUCUCUUCAUUCGACUUUUGAGGAUAUUUCAUUUGAUAUGGAUAAAUUACAAGGUAAAGCUCCAAAUUACAAGUUACAACAACUUCAAGAAGCAAUUAAGAUCACAGAACUACAACUUUCAAAAAUGCGAAAUUUAUUAGAUAAUUUGCAGAAUUCAUGA